GCCUCCUCCUCCCUGCACCUCGCCAGGCCAAGAGCUGCAGGAGGACGGUGUGCAGUUUUCCCGAGCGCCCGGCCUCGCUCUCCCAGCUGCAGCAGCUGCCCUGGCGGGGGGAGAAGGAGCGCAAGGGGCCAGGGGUGGAGGGGCAGUGGGCGCCCCGAUCCGCAGCGCGGCUUCAAGUUUCCACCAGCGAGCGGUUGUGCAACAGCCAGAGGAGCAAGAGCCGCGGGCGCCUCGGAAAACAAGCCGAGCCCAUAAACAAAGCCACGUGGCCUCCAGGCUGGGGGGGCCGGGCUAAGAGCAGGCGGCUCUUCCGGCAACAAAGAGCCGGGGCCAGCGGCCCGGGAUAAAUACAGCGGCCGGGACCUCAGCGCAGCACUCCAGCGAGCCCCGCGCGCCCGGCGACCCUCCACAGCACCCGUCACGAGCGCAGGGACCCCGCUCCGCACCCCAGAUCCCGCAGCCCUCCACACAGGUUCUCUGAAGCCGCUCCCUCACCGGCCCAGCACCCCCGCCUGAGCAUCCGCCCAGGGCGGCGCGUCCCCGAGGCCGCCCGGUCGGUCCUGUCCAUCAGUCCGUCGCGUCCGUUUGCAGUGCCAUGCCAUUCCUCGGGCAGGACUGGCGGUCCCCCGGGCAGAGCUGGGUGAAGACAGCCGAUGGCUGGAAGCGCUUCCUGGAUGAGAAGAGUGGCAGCUUCGUGAGCGACCUCAGCAGUUACUGCAACAAGGAAGUAUACAAUAAGGAGAAUCUUUUCAACAGCCUGAACUAUGAUGUUGCGGCCAAGAAGAGAAAGAAGGACAUGCUGAACAGCAAAACCAAAACUCAGUAUUUCCACCAAGAAAAAUGGAUCUAUGUUCACAAAGGAAGCACUAAAGAGCGCCAUGGAUACUGCACUUUGGGGGAAGCUUUCAACAGGCUGGACUUCUCGACUGCCAUUCUAGAUUCCAGAAGAUUCAACUAUGUCGUACGGCUGUUGGAACUGAUAGCGAAGUCACAGCUCACAUCCCUGAGUGGCAUUGCCCAAAAGAACUUCAUGAACAUUUUGGAAAAAGUGGUACUGAAAGUGCUUGAAGACCAGCAAAACAUCAGACUGAUAAGGGAACUCCUCCAGACCCUCUACACGUCCCUGUGCACACUGGUCCAGAGAGUCGGCAAGUCCGUGCUGGUCGGGAACAUUAACAUGUGGGUGUAUCGGAUGGAGACGAUUCUACACUGGCAGCAGCAACUGAACAACAUCCAGAUCACCAGGCCUGCCUUCAAAGGCCUCACCUUCACCGACCUGCCUCUGUGUUUGCAACUGAACAUCAUGCAAAGGCUAAGUGAUGGCCGGGACCUGGUCAGCCUGGGCCAGGUGGCCCCCGACCUGCACGUGCUCAGUGAGGACCGGCUCCUGUGGAAGAAACUCUGCCAGUACCACUUCUCCGAGCGGCAGAUCCGCAAGCGAUUAAUUUUGUCAGACAAAGGACAGCUGGAUUGGAAGAAGAUGUAUUUUAAACUUGUGCGAUGCUACCCUCGGAAAGAGCAAUAUGGAGACACCCUUCAGCUCUGCAGACACUGCCACAUUCUUUCCUGGAAGGGCACCGAUCACCCCUGCACAGCCAAUAACCCAGAGAGCUGCUCCGUGUCACUGUCACCCCAGGACUUUAUCAACCUGUUCAAGUUCUGAAUCCCGGCUCAUGACCGCACUGCAGAAGGGUUUCCCUGCUGAUUGGAUGGCUGGGGAUACAGAAUUUGGAUGCUUCAUUUGUAAAUAGCGUACAUUUUAAACAUUGGCUCGAAACUUCUGAGAUAAGUCAUUGAGAGGACACUGGCGGGGAAUUUAAGCGUAUGGACUUCUUGUUAGAAUUGGUAUGGAAAAGCAGGAAUACUGUAAAUAAACUGUUUUUUCCCUAAUGAUUUGCCAGCAAGACUAUGAGGUAGGAGUUCUAUUUCAUGGGUGAAAAUGGAAUUUUCUUGAUGUUCACGGAAACGCCUUUACAGAUCCCUAGAGAUGUGGAAGAAGAGGGCAAAACUCGAACACAAGAUAGGAUGCUCUUUGUUUACAAUGUGAAAAUGUGUUGGAAAAAAAAAAAAAAAAACACAAACGAAAAACUACAUCUGAGAAAUCCCGGGGCUUUGGGGGUUUGAUUUGGAGUUUGUUUUGAAAAAGCCAAGGAAGCACCACUCAUCUUAAACCCGCAUGGGUGUAGGGCCUUAGCACACAAUGGUCUACCUCGGAAAAGCUGCAACGCUCGCUCUGACAAAGUGCGCUGUCCAAUAGGCAGUAUCUGCUUUUCUUGUUUCUUCAUCAUCCACACCGUGUUUUAAAACAGAAAGAGAUAUUGGAGGCAAUCCUCGUCAUGUUCAGACUUCCUUUUUAGGUGAACGGGGCACCCUGGAGUCGCCUCUCUUCUAGAACAAGCCCAAAGCCCGUAUGCCUUUUCUCCUUUCAUGGUGUAGCUCAUUCGGGGCAACAUAAGGCCAAUUACAAACGGUCCCAGAGGAAAUCCCGCCCCAGAAAAGAUGGAACGAGUCACCCGAUAGCUGUGAAGACUUUCUGAUUCCUGUUUAACGUCUUGGCUUGCCUAGGUUUCCUGAGGUAUCUUCAUGGGAUAAGCCUGUCUCUGGGGGCUGCUCGGAGCCAGAGUGCUGAUAAAGGCCUAGGCAUAUCAGCGGCUGUUCCUCUCGGUGGCUGAUGAGUUGAGGAGUUUUCUUUACAUCAACAUUUAGUCAACCUGAGCCAGGGCUUCUUGCAAAGAUGAUAAAGUCAAGCCUGGAGUUCCAGCCAGCUAGGAAACAGAGGUACUAUGAGUUCAUUCUAAAUUCGCUCCACACCCCUGAGGAACCUGCUAGGCAAAUACGGCAGGUAACUGUGUGGAAGAAGGAAAUCUCAGGACCUGACGAGUCAAUAUUCCUGGAAGGGCGUGGGGAAUGUUUUUGUUUUUUACUUUUUAUAGAACUUUGCUUUUCUACAACAAUGUACAUAUUUUUGCAAUUGUAUUUGCUUUCCUUUCCUUUUUUUUUUUUUUUUAAUAAAGUGGCCACCCUGCCUGACCUUGGCAAAUAGGUGAAGCAGAAAUAGGAAUUUGGUUCACAUUUAUGUUGAGGAACAGUGAUUCUCAGGGGUUGAAUUUGGGGUGACUCGAAAUGCAGAGAGAUGGUUAAGAAUGUGCAGAAACAAGCCAAGGGACCAGCUCGUUAGGUCGGACCCUUCGUGCCCUUCUCUCAAAGCCCGACCCAAGUACCAGCACUUGGAAGAGAACUCAAUCACGAGCUGAUACUCCUCACUUGGCAAGGUCUGUACCUGCACCAGGGUUUCUUAGUAUCUUUCUUCAACAGCGCUUCGGAAGAAAAAAGUAAAUAUUAAAGAAUAAGAUCUUGGUGGGUAAGGUUGAGCUUUGGAAGGCCAUAAACCCCCAUAACAUGUAAUGGGGGGUUUUUUGGCCCCCGCUUCCUCCGAGUUAAGGGCACUUUGAGAAUGCAGGGUCCAGACUGUGGAAUAAAAAGCUCAUUCUUCCAUAAUUCAGGCAGGUUCUCUCAAAGGUCUCGGCUUCCUUAAAGAUGUGAGAGGAGCUGGGUUGGUUGUUGCUGUGAGAGCUCUGGAUCCUUUGGCAUCUUCAGGUGUUCGUGGCGCUCCAUAUCUUUCCUCAGCUCAUAACCUCUGCCCCUUGGUGCUGACCAAGCAGGUGCAGACUCCUCGGCACCUUCGGGUUUGCAGCCCCAGAAAGGUCACCUGCUUUGACUGCCAGCAUGAAACCAGCAAACCAGUGUUUCUUGGACUGUCUGCGGUGCGCGCGACUGCACAGCACGCCCCAGGCAGCAGCAGCAUUGGUGCAAGGAGACCCCAAUGCAAGGGACAGGAUUACAGUUUUCCGAAAUGUCUACCACAAUGGUGCCCCCCCGUGCUCUCCCCAUCUCCUUUGGCACAAUUGGGGUGGUCCAUGACAGGGUCAAGAACCAAUUUUAAGGAAAAGAAGAAGAAACCAACAUUCGUGGUUCCUUUUCACUGGAAGAGGAGAGUAAGGAAGGAAACGGCAGGUGGAGAGGGAGAGGGGGAGGAACAGAAGUGGCGUGUCUUUGAUGCUGUGGUUUGAGUGAGGGCCGACACGUGGGUGUGAGCAUCUGGGUUGGUGCCACGGGGGUGGCUGUGUGGCAUGGCCAGAGCCUCACAUAUAAGUAAAGGGAGUCUAAAAGAAAAUGCUCGUUCCCUGGGCACUGAUCCGCUAUAGAAUCUCUCCUGGCAAAUGGUCCCAGGACAAUCUGACCUAAAAAACAAAAACAAAGAAUCCCUGUCUCAGAACUGCUGGUUUAAAAGACAGAAGAGGGACAUGACCAUGGAAAGUGCUGGAAGAGAGAGAAUGCUGUACUCUCUUUGCUGUACCUACCUACCCCCACCCCAACUCUGUGAAGCAGAAUCCAAGACUGAUGUCGAACAGGAAAGUACCCUGGACUUCCAGAGAAGGAAAGAGUUGCGUCCAGGGCGGUGGAUGCCAGCCCAUGGGGAUGUUAUGAUCUGGUUCAGCUCAGACGCUCCUGAGCAAUGCUCCUGGGAUUUCCUGAGAAGAAGGCACAGCAUUUGAGGAAAAGCAAAUACGUGACGCUUAGGAGGGCAGACUUGUUCAAACCAGACAGUUCAAACCAGGUGGCAUUUUCACUCAGCACUGUUACUCGUAGCAGAAGGAUCCGUCCCAUGGGAGGACAGUGGCAGAAACCACAAGGUAAAAAGAUCCCCAGUUUGGAAAUCAAAAGGGUCAGCUGUGAGACCGCCUUUGUUGCGUGGUGAUCCAUUUUAUAUUGAAGUGGCUCAGAGAUGUUUUAGAUGGGCUGGGUUUACACUGCAAAACCAUCAAAGCAAGAAAGGCCUUGGAGGAAGGUGACCAGUGUGGGCGGCCUUACUGCCACGGUUCUUUAUUCAAAAACUGUUUGUGAGCCUGCAAUUAACUUGCAAGGCUCCUUGUUUCUGUUGUUUUAUAUGGAAGAACACCUUGGAAUUUCCUAUGUCUAAGCAAGGGGUGUGAUUUACAAGAAGUUCAGUCAUUUCAACGGUAUAUCAUUCUUAGCGUUCAAUACAAUGUUUAUCAUAAAAUAUGCACCUGAGUUUAUAUUUUCUGCCAGGCCUUAGGGCAGUGUGUCUUGCUAUGCAAACACUCUAUUUUAUGUGUGAAUUUUUUUAACUGUAAUUUUAUGUGUGAAUUUUUUUUAACUAAACUCUAUCAUCAUUUUCUAUGUUGACAUCUGUUGUUUUUCGUGUUUUUUGGUUUUAAUCUGUUUCCAACUCUCUGAGUCUGUGAACCAUCCCUCUGACUGGAUGCUGGCCUAAAAUCCUAUUAGUGUUUAAACAGACCUCAGAAACACCCUGAACCUCUAGGCGAGUGCAGAGACGGAGCUCUUUGAUAUAUCCUGGGCCCUUGAUGUCUUCAACAAACAAGGUCGUAAUUCCUUUAAACGCAACGUUUUCGGUGGAGGCUUUCUUCUCUGUUUUGUUAGAGAGUCAACCCUCCGAGCUUUUCCAAAGGAAGGAAACUCCUCCCCCAAACUUUAGCACUGGAAGGGAGGUUAGAGAUGGUGGAGUCUGGCAUGCCUUCUGCCUUUCAAGAUGAGGUGGCGGGUCCAGAAUAUUCAGGGGACAUGUGUCAGCCACCUCGUACUCAGCAGUAGACCUGAGCAUAAACUUGGGACUUUCUAAGGCCUUGACUUUGUGCCCUCUGCCCCAGCACCUUUUGUUCUGGCUGGACACACUCGACACCUGACCUGAUUCUUCUCAGGACCUUCGCUGAGGAAGGCUCAAUCGUGCCCAGUGUUAGGUGUCUGGCUGUUAACUUUUCCCAACAUUCUAAGUCCCUGAUUCUUCCUGGAAAAGUUAAGGAGCCACUUAAUGCUUUUAUAGGCCUCUCACUCUGCUGUCAGUGUGGCACACUUGAGUACAGCCUGCUUGCCAUAAAGUAAGUAGCAUGUUUUGACAAAUUCAUUUUUCCCUGGGUGUUUAGAUUUUAAUUACAAAGAGGGCCCCGAGAUAUAAUGGCUGAGCAUCUGCUUUCUAGAAACUGAGGUUCUCAUGGUAACCAAGCAGGUAUUUCCUCUCCCCUUAGACUAAGAGGUACAUGUAAUCCAACCCUUCCAUCUCCCUGUCCUCUGGUACCCGCUGUGAGGUCCAGGGAGCUUCUACCCAGUGGAAGAUCCCUCUCUGCUAAUCCUCACAAGCAAAGGGGGGUUGUUCCAGGAGGCAGCAAGGAGCAAGGGGCCACGAUAUUCAUGACUUUGUCUGCUAGACAUUUUUCAAAGUAUCUUUGAACUCAGCAAACAAAGCUUUCUGAGAGAUCUCUCGAAAUCAGGCCCUGCCUGCUCCAUUUGGCCAAAAACAGAUGGCUGCUUCAGAACUCUGAACUUGUUGAGAGUCCAUCUGCUACAACAUUACUUCUGGAGUUUGAACAUGGCUUUUUCUGUCUCUGAGUAGAGAAAUGUUUGUCUAAUUAACGAUACAAAAAUCUGUUAAACAGAAGGCUCCAAGCGGUGCUCUUACACUUGAGAACUCUUGGCGCCAUCUUUAUUCUACCAAGUGCCAAUCACCCUGGUGAAAGGGGGUGUAUAUUAAAGUCCAUAUCCUAGGCUUAGACGCAUUAAUGUAGUUUUUUUUUUAAUGAAAAAUACUAUAGGGGGUUGAACAUUGUAACUAAAAGUAUACGGUUAGACCAAUUACAUGCAAAGGUGUUUAUUUAAUACUGUGUGAGCUGAGUCCUUCUGUAUAAAUUAUUUGCACCCUUUUCUUGCAUGAGGAACUGACUUUUUUAUAGCUGUUUGUACCAGACGGUGGCAUAUUUUUGUAAAAAUUUUUUGACACUGAAUUGCAAUAAAUGUUUUUCCAACAACA